UGUCUAAGUGCUACACAGAAAGCAGCUCCCAUUUUUUAUGAGGACGCUAACCAAUACCAAGAUUGUGCCUUAUCACCUCAUGUCAUAAGCCAAGUAGGUCAGCCCUUUUUCUCACAAAAGGGGAAGUUUCUACCAGGACAGAACAUUCCAGCUGUCCUUGAAGUGGAGAUUCAUUGUCUCAACAGCCACCUCCACGCUUGAAUGGUCCUUUGGUGAAUUUAGAGAUUCCUGAAGUAAUCGUCUGAAGGACAGUGAGCCUCAGUGAACACAAGAGAGAGCAUAAAAGAGAUUUUAAGGGAGUCUGAAAGGACAAAGUGCGAAGACAUGGCAGCUUUCGGUCUGGAGUUAGUGGGAGUCACGCUCUCGGUUCUUGGCUGGCUUCUCAGCAUUGUGUGCUGUGCUUUGCCAAUGUGGAGGGUCACCGCGUUCAUCGGCAACAACAUUGUCACGGCGCAGGUGUACUGGGAGGGAAUCUGGAUGAGCUGUGUGAUUCAGAGUACUGGACAGACGCAGUGUAAAGUCUACGACUCCAUGUUGGCUCUUCCCGCAGACCUACAGGCGGCUCGUGCUCUGGUGGUGGUGUCCAUCAUUGUGGGUGUCCUUGCGCUCUUUGUCGCUAUAGUCGGGGCAAAGUGCACCAACUGCAUUGAAGAUGAAGGAGCCAAAGCCCGUGUGAUGAUCAGCUCCGGUGCUGCUUUCAUAACGGCUGCGGUCAUGCAGCUUAUUCCAGUGUCCUGGUCAGCGCACACCAUUAUUUUAGAGUUCUACAGUCCUCUUAUUCUAGAAGCUCAGAAGAGAGAAAUAGGUGCAUCUCUGUACCUCGGCUGGGCCGCCGCGGCACUGUUGCUGGUCGGAGGCUCCAUCCUGUGCUGCAGUUGCCCACCUAAGGAUAAGCCAAGGUACCCACCGCAAAGUCGUAUUGCCUACUCAGCCCCCCACUCAAUGGCUCCGAGUACCUACAACAAAAGAGACUAUGUCUGAGGACCUCAGAACACUUAGAUUUUUUCUUUCAUUGAAAGAUAAUUGUGAGUUGAGUUGGAGGUAACUCAAAAUGUAGUUUACUUUUUCUCCAUGUGACUAUUUCUACAUGCUGUUGUUUUGUCCAAUCAGUGUCCAUUGUCACUCCACACUUUUUUUUUUAAAUAUAUUUUAGCACCACUUUCAUAAAUUGUCUACAUUGUUUGUACUGUAUGUUUUAAAUCAAAUGUAUAAGUUGAUUUAUAAUGGGACGCUGUCAGUGGUUUUAUUUUUGUAGUAUUUCGUGCUUUGAUUUACAGUUUGAGCUUCGGCUGUUUGAGAAUUCAUAUUUUUAUACUUUCAUUUAUCCUAAAAGAGUAAUAACGACUUCAAACAAAAUGGAAAAUCUUGAACUAAUAUGUUUAUACUUAGCUUGAACUGCAAUCAACUCUGUUAAUGUUUAGUUGUGUUUAUGGUUUAUUUAAAUGGAAUUCUCAUUCUUUUAAACACUGUUAAAAUCGUACAGAAAACUGUAGAUAUGGAAAAUAUCUACACAGUAGCUUUGGACUUUAGCAAUGACCAUCAGCAAGAACUUUUUUUUACAGCGUAUCUGUAUGUGUUACAAAAUAAAUUACGAGUGGAUGUAUGUAUGCAAAACUGGCAAAAAGGAAAACAUUUGUUUUGUUUCUCUCAGUGGAGAGACACAAACACCAGACUGGAUUUAGCCUCUCGGUUCAAGUUGCACACAACAGAGAAACUAUGAGACUAUGUGCAGGCAACUCCCAAACUUUUGUUAUUGUUCAUGUUUGUGUUUUGUUGUUUAUCAAUUAGAACAUGUAUUUGAAUAAGUAUCAUUGAUUUAUAAUUCACUUCUUGAUUAUAUAAAACAAUUAACACCAAUAAAUGAAAUAAUCUCCAA